AUGGCUUUUUCUCCUGCAAAGGUAGUAACGAUUCUACUUGCUGAAUUCGGUACGUCCGAAGACAGCACUGAGGCAUCUCGUGAGGAGAGGAAGGUAGCAGGUUCACCGCUAUACUUCGCAGGGCGGUCGCCACUGCGGUUGAUGUCGAAACCGAUGAAUGCUUGGAGUCAGAUGUUUCUGCGGAAUCUGACUAGGACCAUUGAGAUGGAGAUGGUCACGAAAGUUCUGGCAAGACGAGCGAACUCGAAAUUGGCAAGACGAAAGGAUCGUCGAGAGCAAAAUGGCUCUCACGAUACCUAUACCAUCCUCCCAGUGAUCUAUGCUGACGGCAAGCUGGGGAAAAAGUUAUAUGUUGUUCUUCAAGAAAAGGAGAACCCGCGUCAAGGUUACUUCAAAGCUCCGGAUCUGGUAGUCAGAGCGGGCACAACACACAUCAUGACUAAGGAACUCAUGGUCGAUUGGAUUAGGAAUUGUCUUUUUGCGAGCAGGGACGGUCACCAGGAACUGCACCUUAUUGCAGAAUCGUGGUCGUCCUUCCGCGAUACCAACACCAUCAGAUAAGCUGUACCUGAAAGAUGUAAAGAUGAAGUACACAAAAUUCCUCCCAUUGUUGCGUCGAUGAUUCAGCCAUUGGACGUCUUUUUCUUCGGUCCUAUGAAGAAUGUUAGAAGAUUAUUAGAUCUAGAGCUAUGUUGA